AUGGCAGGUCUUGAAUUUGGCUAUGGAAUUGCAGGUUAUCGAAUCGGUGGUGGUGAUGGUAGUGGGGGUGGUGGUAGUGGUAGUGGUGGUGAUGGUAGUGGUAGUAGUAGUGGUGGUGAUGGUAGUGGUAGUAGUAGUGGUGGUGAUGGUAGUGGUAUUGGUGGUGGUGGUGGUGGUGGUGGUGGUGGUGGUGGUCUUAGUGGACGUGGUGGUGGGAGUGUCGGCGCGGCGUUAUGUGGUGUCUCUGGGAUCUUGAGUGAAGUAGAUAUUUCAGGGAAGCACCAACGAUGUGUUCCGCUUCACCGGAAACGACUCUCACACCGACUUCUUCCGGCUGGUGAUAAGGGAUGGCAACUCUCUUCUCGUCGGAGGAAGGAGAAUUGCCAGAACUACAUUCGCAUCCUGGCACGAACAGGAGCUGGCCGCUAUCUCGUCUGCGGCACCAAUUCUUUCAAGCCCGUGUGUCGCGACUACUCCAUACAGUUCUGGUUAUGUGGUGGAGAGAGAGAAAAACGGGCAAGCGUUAUGCCCCUAUGAUCCAGCGCAAAAUAGCACAGCUGUCUACGUUG